GGUGUUGCCUCAGUCCUGAAGCUUGAGUCAGGAUUCCCAGUCGAGAUUCAGUCCCGUUACUCGCUGUUAUUCCUGGCCCUGCUGCUGCCGCCGCCGCCGUCCUGUGAACUCUGCACUCGAUAUUUGUGUCUAACGGACCACCAUGGGAGUCGAAGGCUGCACAAAAUGCAUCAAGUAUAUGCUCUUCUUCUUCAACUUCAUCUUCUGGCUUGCAGGAGGUGUAAUCCUGGGUGUGGCCCUGUGGUUAAGACAUGACCCCAAGACCAGCAACCUGCUGGACCUUGAAUUGAAUGGAUCCCAUGCCCCCAGCACCUUCUACAUCAGUGUCCACAUCCUGAUUGCUGUCGGCGCAGUGAUGAUGGUGGUUGGUUUCCUCGGUUGCUAUGGCGCCAUCCAGGAGUCCCAGUGUCUACUGGGAACUUUCUUCGUCUGCCUGGUCAUCCUGUUCGCCUGCGAAGUUGCAGCUGGAAUCUGGGGCUUCAUGCACAAAGACACUGUGUCGAAGGAGAUGGUCAACUUCUACGACAAUGUGUACGACCAGGCCAUGACAGCAAGCCUCACCGAACCAGACAAACAAAAGGCUGCCGUCCCUGUGCUCAAGGUCUUCCAUGAGACGCUGAACUGCUGUGGUAAAGGCCAGGGGACCUCUAUACUGACACAAUUUACAGAUAUAAUCGGCGUGACCAACCUCUGCCCCAAAUCUGAUGUCACAAUUAGUUGCCACCAAAGGAUCCACGAAUUGUUUUCAGAUAAGAUUUACCUGAUUGGCAUCGCCGCGCUGGUGGUUGCAGUUAUUAUGAUCUUCGAGAUGAUCUUCAGCAUGGUGCUGUGCUGCGGCAUCCGCAACAGCCCAGUGUACUAAAGCGUCCGGCUCCCAGCCUCCUCGCCAUGAAGGAGGGACGACCUCGCAGUCCCCGCCUCAUUCUUUUUAUUUCCUUUUAUAAGCAGGAAACGUCACAUAUAUUGCUUGCUGGAUUUAGUCAGCUCUCUGAGAAGAAAACCACCCUCCAUUGAGCAUUUUAAUUACACUGUCAAUGAAUUUUUUGUUAGUCACAGAUGCUGUUUUGCAUAUUUAACCACAGCUAUCCUAACCUGAUAUGUAGAUAUUAUACCACAGUGUCAUACAUGAGCGCCAGUCCCAGUGCUCUAAUCCUUUAGUGAUUUAUUAGUUGUUUACUGCUUCCUUACCUAUGAACAUGCUAUUAUAUUCUUUGUUUUAUGAAUGUUUUUCCACUGUUUUAUGUAUAAACUGUAUAUAAAUAUAUAUAUUAACAGUGCUUUAUGACUGCCUGAGCAUGGAUAUUGUAUAACAGUAGAUCUUUCUCCUGUAUUCUUCCUGCACUCUGCUUGUUUGUCUCGCCCUAGACUGAACCAGACGAUAGUGCAUAUGAGCGCCACUAGUGUUGUGACUCACCACGCCUCUUAGAGGUGAACACACCUCUAGGAAAACACACAACAGACCGUUGUCUUGGUUCACAUCCACAGCGCUGUGUGAUGUCUACAGGAACUGACUAAAGAAGGAAUCUCAGUUAUUCAUGGAAGCUGGAACCAAAGUCAGAGUGACCUGAUGUCUGUCAUUUUGGCUCAGUUAGGUUACUUGUUGAUUUGUCUGUGGCUGUUUGUUGUUCAUCACAUGUCCAAAACUGUCUGAGUGCUCAGUUGCAUGAAACAUGACAGUAUUUUCUUUAGAUAGAAAGUUGCGUAAAGUUGAAUUAAGUCUUGAUUCAACUGUGCACUCAUUUGUGGAUGCAACUUGCUUAACACUAUAAACCAUCUUUCCCAAACCAGAGGAAUUGAAAUAUGACCUACAGCAUUUACACCAUAAGCAAGUCAGCUGAUAUCUUCUGUGACUGACACCCCUGUUCUUCUCUGUGUCUGUGUAUUGGUCGUAUGCUGACCGUCCACACAUGAGCCAACUGUCCCUGGUUGCUCAGCCCUGUCGGAAAUUGACUGACUUGUAGAGGAAAGACACGAAACUCUGUAGCUAGUGCAACAGCAGAAAGAGCCUUGGUUUUGGUGUUCUGAAUCUGGGGUGCCUUGUCUGGUUGAGUCUAGUCCCGUUUCAUCUGGCUUAGUUGUGUCAUUGUCCCACCGGCUUCACAGCCCAUUAACCUUCCUCAUUGUCACCAUUCAUGUCCUAGGUGUUCCCAGGGCAGGGCAAGAACAGGAGGAAAACAGCUCACCCAGUGGUUUGCACUAAGCGUUUUGCCCUCCUGCUUAGGAACAGUUUGAGCUAGUGUAUUUGUGUGCACAUAUAGAUCAAGGUGAACACCAGUUGCAAUUGAGCCUAAGCCCCACCCCCUUUUGGAGCCUAAUUUGCUGUACUGAGAGAGGCUACGUUCUAGCCUUGUCUGUGUUGAAACGAUAACCACAUUUUGAAGAUGGUUAAAAGAUAGAAGUGACAUUUAGGCAUCUCAAGUUAGCAAAUGUUAGCAAAAAAAAAAAAAAAAAAAGUUGGCGUUUGGCUAACAUUUGCUAAUUUAAAAUAUGACUACGUGUCGCUUUCAUCAUGACGCUUUUUAAAAAUGUGGUUGUCUUUUCAACAUAGACGAGCCUAGCACAUAGCAUAUCUCUAAGGAGGAAGUUGACCGAGGCUUGUUCAACUGUUAUUGGAGAACAGAGCCAAAAGGGGCGGGACUUACUAAGGGUCAAUUGCAUCAAACUGCGAGUUUGCUGGAACUAUUUUUCUCGGGGCGCAGUGACUUCUGGAGUCUUGUCACUGCGAAGGUUGCCAGAUAUCCAGGAGACACUCCUGUUAGCCGCUGCACCCGGCCAAGAAACAGUUCCAGCUUGUAGCACUCCGGUGUUGUUACGUUGGUCAGUUUCUCAGAUUGAUGUUUUUCAGGGCUGUUGUGUUGGGGUUUGUAUUAGAUUACACAAGUGUUUAUAAUUUUGCGUCUGCUCUCUUUAAGUCUGUUUUUUUUUAACCGCCUCAGGCUGAUUGCAGUAUUAAUAGUUAUAGUACACAGCAGCGCAGUCACAACAGCUACAGCGUUGGCCACAAAUCAGUCUUAACUGCCUGCUGAAGUUCAGCCAAUCAGAAAGCUUCCACCUGGCAACUGAACAUGCUGUUCAUUAAGUCCAGUGGUGUUUUUACUCCACCACACAGGCUUGAAAAUAUUUGUCCUGAGGUCUGUUCCUACUAGAUCGCGUAACUGCACAGCACUGCAGCAUCAUAACCACUCACAUUGAACCCUAUCAUCUCGUGUAACCUUACAUGUUAUCACAGCUUUUGUCACACAACUAAACCCUUGUCUUGUUAACAUCUCAUGCUUAAACUGAGAAACAGUAAAAGUAUCUAGUAAUAUUUACAGCUCUGAAGUAUUGUACUAAUGAAAAUCAUGAAGGCUGUAGAAAGACAAUGUAUGCCUCUCUUUUUUUUUUUCUCGUAUUGUGAUAUCUUUGUCUGGUACGUUGUCAAAAGGAGUCUGGACGGAAAGGGUGGAAGAUUUUGUGGCAGUGCCGACUGAGGAAGUCACACCUUUUAAUAGAUCUGCUAGUUCCUCCCCACAAUCAUUAAGGAAAAUAUGACCACGCCUGUCAGUCCAGUACUCCCCAAUGAUGAGGGCAUGUUGUCCACGUUGCUGCCUUUUGAAUUUGGUAACUGACCCUCAGGACCCACUGCCACGUAAAUCUCAACCCCUCUCUACUCUUGUAGACUUCGGUUUGCCCAAAUAUAAAGGGAUUAAAUGUAUUUUACAAAAAAACGAGUGGUCUUCUAAUGUGUAUGAUUAAAAGGAUUAAAGAAAAAAAUCUACUGGAA